CAAGGUGCUUUGAGGGAACUGGCCUUUUGCUUGGUGGUGUUGGAGCAGGGCUAAAACGGAGGUUCUGGGUGACUAUGCCACUGGCACAUACACCACCCAAGAGCCCACCCAACAGACCCUCCUCCUGCCCUAUCCCCCCAGGAGCCCUCAGGCGCCGUGUGGGAGGAGAGGCAAGAAAGAUGAAAGUGUUCCAACGGAACAAAAUGCUUCACUUGGCUUCCCACUGCUACUGUGGCCCUAGGUGGCUCCGUGGGGGACAUCCAGGUUCCCUGCUGGCUCCUGGGCCCUGGGGCUGCACACACAGGAUGAUGUCAGCGCCGGGGGCAGUUAACGGGUGCCACUCUACAGGCUGGUAGGGGCAGCAGGGGACCCCGUGGAAUGUCAGGCACUCCCCUACACCCACCCCCACACACACACAUACAUGCACGCACCCAUGCACACAUCCGCACGCCCCGCUGAUUGCACCUCUUGCAGUAGCCCUGCCUGCCCGGGGCCUGGGAAGCCGACUUGCAGAGGGUUUGUGGCGGUGGAUGCAGCUCUCAAGACAAAGCAGACUCAGCUGUGCCCUCCAGCUGCCGCUACGCAUGGGGACUGCACCGCGCAGCUGGUGCCCAGGGUCAGAGAGAAGAGGGAAGAAGGCACUUCCAGCAGGCAGGGGCCAAGGUCCUGGGGUGUGGCCCACAGGGGGCUUUCUGCAGAGGAAGAGGAGUGCAGGUGGCAUCCAAAGCCGCCCUCUGGCCCUGCCACUUCCCUGGCCGAGUUUCCUGUGAUGGAGCAAGGGAGAGGGAGUCACACUGCCGCCACCGCCACCGCCACCGCCACUGCCACUGCCACGACCUGGGUGACUGCACUGCAUCCAUAGGAGGCGCCUGCCCUCAGCUCCGCCCAGUGCUCUGUGGUGGCCCGUGUCACUCAGAGGUCCCCUCCGCCCCACUCUGCCUCUUCUUGUAGCCGGGUCACUCUGCUCAUCACCUGUCCCCCAGCUAGACAGAAGGAAUGAGCUCUGUUUUGUCCCCCCGUGUCCCUGGCGCACAAAGCAACGCCAAGGCACGUAGUAGCUGCUCCGUGAGCAUUUGGCAGAUGCCCAAGUGGGAGAGCAGGUGGGAGAGUGUGGGCGGCGUGUUCGCGUAUCUGCCACUUUCUCCCCACACCCAGAAGCCAAGGCUGCUGUGAGUGGUGUCUAGGGGCUGAGCACCAAGCCGCCCAAACCUUUAGGGUGUGGGUUACUUGCACACACCUGCUCUGAGUGCCUCCUCUGUCCCCCAGACCUCCCAGGCAUGGACCACAAACCUCUUCUUGACAGCUAAGGCUGGGGGCCCUCUUGAUGGCCAAGGCCUUGCACUUGGCCAUCUCCAUGUGGGCUUCCAAGGGGCCUCUUUGCCUUUCCUGGGAGGCUCUGGGUCAUGGUGCUAGAGGUGGCUCCAGCUUGCAAAGCUGGGUCUGCGGCUAAGCUCUGCUUGUGAGAGACUCCUCCCAAGCUAGGAGCUUCCCCAACACAGGGCUCAGGGCCUGGCUUAGCCACGUUGCCAGGAGGGUUCUCGGCUGAGGUGAAGGCCGGGGCCACGUGCACUGAGACAGCUUCAGUUCCAGGAAGAUGCAGGCAGCUUAGUCCUUGGCCUUGGGGGCUGUGCCCAGAAAGGACUGUGGGGAAAGAGAAGCUGGGGAGGACUGUGGUCCAGCCGAGGAGGGGGCCAGCGCCCUGCCAGUGUCACCAGUGACCUGUGGCUGCUCCCGGCUUUCUCCUGUGUGCCCUCUGCUGGGGCCCUGCCCUCUCUGCUCUCCCUCUUUUCCCUCCUUCCCGCUCACCCCCUCCUCUGCCCUCCUUCCCCCCUCUCCUCUCCUCUGCUCUCCUCUCCUCUCCUCUGCUUUCCUCUGCUCUCCUCUCCUCUCCUCUGCUUUCCUCUGCUCUCCUCUCCUCUCCUCUCCUCUCCUCUCCUCUCCGCUCUCCUCGCUCUUUCUCGUGCUCCCGCCCUCUGAGCUGCCCCUCUCCUGCCCCUGGCCUCCAGGUACCCUCAGGGCCCGAGAAACAGCCUGCACCCGAGGCCGUGCCCUGGAGCCCAGCGGGCCCUGCCCAUGGCUCAGCCUGCCGCUCCCUGGAGUCCUGCGCAGCCCUGGGCCUGAGACCGUGAGCUGCAGCGGCGGCCGCAGCAGAAGAUCGCCAGGGACCCGUAGCAUGCCAGGCGUGCAGGGCGAGUCCUGAUCAGGUGUCCACGCUUAGCCACUGCUCCCUGCACCACCCCUUGCCUGGGCCCUCGGACUGCAGGUGGCUGCCUGUCCCUAGCUGCAGUGACACACACGGAGCCUGCGCCUUCCCGAAGGCUCCACGGGCAGAAUGGGCGACAUGGCCAACAGCUCCAUUGAGUGCCACCCCAAGCCCCAGCCACAGCGGGAGGCCCCGCAUGCAGGUGGCUUUGGGUGCACGCUGGCUGAGCUCCGCACCCUCAUGGAGCUCCGCGGGGCCGAGGCGCUGCAGAAGAUCCAGGAAGCCUACGGGGACGUCAGUGGGCUCUGCAGGAGGUUGAAGACCUCGCCCACCGAGGGCCUGGCGGACAACACCAAUGACCUGGAGAAGCGCAGGCAGAUCUACGGGCAGAACUUCAUCCCCCCCAAGCAGCCCAAGACCUUCUUGCAGCUGGUGUGGGAGGCCCUACAGGACGUGACCCUCAUCAUCCUGGAGGUAGCAGCCAUCGUCUCCCUGGGCCUCUCGUUCUACGCCCCGCCUGGAGAGGAGAGUGAAGCCUGUGGGAAUGUGUCCGGUGGAGCUGAAGACGAGGGUGAGGCUGAGGCCGGCUGGAUCGAGGGGGCCGCCAUCCUGCUGUCGGUCAUCUGCGUGGUACUGGUCACGGCCUUCAAUGACUGGAGCAAGGAGAAGCAGUUCCGAGGCCUACAGAGCCGCAUCGAGCAGGAGCAGAAGUUCACGGUCAUCCGGAAUGGCCAACUCCUCCAAGUCCCCGUGGCUGCGCUGGUGGUGGGCGACAUUGCCCAGGUCAAGUAUGGAGACCUGCUGCCCGCCGACGGCGUGCUCAUCCAGGGCAAUGACCUCAAGAUCGACGAGAGCUCGCUGACAGGCGAGUCGGACCACGUGCGCAAGUCAGCCGACAAGGACCCCAUGCUGCUCUCAGGCACCCACGUCAUGGAAGGUUCUGGAAGAAUGGUGGUGACAGCCGUUGGGGUGAACUCCCAGACAGGCAUCAUCUUUACCUUGCUUGGGGCUGGAGGAGAGGAGGAGGAGAAGAAAGAUAAGAAAGGCAAGCAGCAGGAUGGGGCCAUGGAGAGUAGCCAGACCAAAGCUAAGAAGCAGGAUGGGGCUGUCGCCAUGGAGAUGCAGCCCCUGAAGAGCGCAGAGGGCGGGGAGCUGGAGGAGCGCGAGAGGAAGAAAGCCAGUGCGCCCCGGAAGGAGAAGUCGGUCCUCCAGGGCAAGCUCACAAAGCUGGCUGUGCAGAUUGGGAAGGCAGGGCUGGUGAUGUCCGCCAUCACCGUCAUCAUCUUGGUCCUCUACUUCGUGAUCGAGACCUUUGUCGUGGACGGCCGGGUGUGGCUGGCGGAGUGCACGCCAGUCUAUGUGCAGUACUUCGUGAAGUUCUUCAUCAUCGGUGUCACUGUGCUAGUCGUGGCUGUCCCUGAGGGCCUGCCUCUUGCUGUCACCAUCUCCUUGGCUUACUCUGUCAAGAAAAUGAUGAAGGACAAUAACCUGGUGCGCCACCUGGACGCCUGCGAGACCAUGGGCAACGCCACGGCCAUCUGCUCAGACAAGACGGGCACGCUCACCACCAACCGCAUGACGGUGGUCCAGUCUUACGUGGGAGACACGCACUACAGAGAGGUCCCCGCCCCUAGUGCCCUGACACCCAAGAUCCUCGACCUCCUGGUCCAUGCCAUCUCCAUCAACAGUGCCUACACCACCAAAAUACUACCUCCAGAGAAGGAAGGCGCUCUGCCGCGCCAGGUGGGCAACAAGACCGAGUGUGCCCUGCUGGGCUUCGUGCUGGACCUCAAGCGGGACUUCCAGCCUGUGCGGGAGCAGAUCCCGGAAGACAAGCUGUACAAAGUAUACACCUUCAACUCGGUCCGCAAGUCCAUGAGCACCGUCAUCCGCAUGCCCGAUGGCGCCUUCCGCCUCUUCAGCAAGGGCGCCUCGGAGAUCCUGCUCAAAAAGUGCACGCACAUCCUAAACAGCAAUGGCGAACUCCGGGUCUUCCGUCCUCGGGACCGAGAAGACAUGGUGAAGAAGAUCAUCGAGCCGAUGGCUUGCGAUGGCCUCCGCACCAUCUGCAUCGCCUACCGUGACUUUGCUGCAGGCCACGAACCCGACUGGGACAACGAGAACGAGGUGGUGGGCGACCUCACCUGCAUAGCCGUCGUGGGCAUCGAGGACCCCGUGAGACCUGAGGUCCCUGAAGCGAUUCGCAAAUGCCAGCGUGCCGGCAUCACGGUCCGCAUGGUAACUGGGGACAACAUCAACACAGCCCGGGCCAUCGCAGCCAAGUGCGGCAUCAUCCAGCCUGGGGAGGACUUCCUGUGCCUGGAGGGGAAGGAGUUCAACCGCAGGAUCCGCAAUGAGAAGGGCGAGAUAGAACAGGAGCGGCUGGACAAGGUGUGGCCCAAGCUGAGGGUGCUCGCCCGGUCAUCUCCCACCGACAAGCACACGCUAGUCAAAGGGAUUAUCGACAGCACCAGUGGCGAGCAGCGGCAGGUGGUAGCUGUGACUGGGGAUGGCACCAACGAUGGACCAGCUCUCAAGAAAGCAGAUGUGGGCUUUGCCAUGGGCAUCGCAGGGACUGACGUGGCCAAGGAGGCCUCCGACAUCAUCCUGACGGACGACAACUUCACCAGCAUCGUCAAGGCCGUGAUGUGGGGCCGCAACGUGUAUGACAGCAUCUCCAAGUUCCUGCAGUUCCAGCUCACGGUCAACGUGGUGGCCGUGAUCGUGGCCUUCACGGGCGCCUGCAUCACUCAGGACUCUCCUCUCAAAGCCGUACAGAUGUUGUGGGUGAACUUGAUCAUGGACACGUUCGCCUCCCUGGCCCUGGCGACGGAGCCGCCCACUGAGUCCCUGCUGCUGCGGAAGCCGUAUGGCCGAGACAAGCCCCUCAUCUCGCGCACCAUGAUGAAGAACAUCCUGGGCCACGCCGCCUACCAGCUCACCAUCAUCUUCACCCUGCUCUUUGUCGGCGAGCUCUUCUUCGACAUCGACAGCGGGCGCAACGCGCCGCUGCACUCGCCGCCCUCGGAGCACUACACCAUCAUCUUCAAUACCUUCGUCAUGAUGCAGCUCUUCAACGAGAUCAACGCACGCAAGAUCCACGGCGAGCGCAACGUCUUCGACGGCAUCUUCAGCAACCCCAUCUUCUGCAGCAUCGUGCUGGGCACCUUCGCCAUCCAGAUUGUCAUCGUCCAGUUCGGCGGGAAGCCCUUCAGCUGCUCCCCGCUGUCCACGGAACAGUGGCUGUGGUGCCUGUUUGUUGGCGUCGGGGAGCUGGUCUGGGGACAGGUCAUCGCCACCAUUCCCACCAGCCAGCUCAAGUGCCUGAAGGAGGCAGGGCACGGGCCGGGGAAGGACGAGAUGGCUGAUGAGGAGCUGGCGGAGGGCGAAGAGGAGAUUGACCACGCCGAGCGGGAGCUCCGCAGGGGUCAGAUCCUGUGGUUCCGGGGCCUCAACCGGAUCCAGACGCAGAUGGAGGUAGUGAGUACCUUCAAGAGAAGCGGUUCAUUUCAGGGUGCUGUGCGCCGGCGGUCUUCGGUCCUCAGCCAGCUCCAUGACGUAACCAAUCUUUGUACCCCCACUCACAUCCGGGUGGUGAAAGCAUUCCGUAGCUCGCUCUAUGAAGGCCUGGAGAAACCGGAAUCCAAGAGCUCCAUCCAUAAUUUCAUGGCAACGCCCGAGUUUCUGAUCAACGACUACACCCACAACAUCCCACUCAUCGAUGACACGGAUGUGGAUGAGAACGAGGAGCGCCUGCGGGCCCCGCCGCCCCUGUCCCCGAACCAGAACAACAACGCCAUCGACAGCGGCAUCUACCUGACCACGCAUGUCACCAAGUCAGCUACCUCUUCAGCAUUCUCUUCCAGCCCCGGGAGCCCGCUCCACAGCGUGGAGACGUCCCUCUAACCGGAACUGUCGUCGGCACACGCACACGCACACACUUGGACUCACGGAGUCACGCGCGCACACGCACGCACGCGCACACACACAUGGGAGCCCGCACACCUGCGGAGAGGUGGCUGAGCCACGUCCAUUCGAGAAGGGUGCAGCCUGCCACAGGCCUCUGCUUGGGACCGAGGAAGAGGAGGGGGAGGCUCUUCAUCCAAGGCAGAAUGAGGAAAAGAAAGGCAGGGAGUGGAAUAGGUGCGUCCGCCACCUUUCUUUCUACCGAUGCUUCUUUUUUAACGAAAACUACAAUUCUACCAUGUGUUCGCCACAUGGGCUGUGCAGGCAGCGGGAGGGCUGCUGCGGGUUUUCGGGGAAGCAAUGCGAUCAAACAUUUUCCUCCCCGCGAAAGGCAGGUGCUCCGGGCUAGAGAGCGCCCUCUACCCCGCCCUGGGGGAGCUGCAGUCGGCAAGGGUGCGCGUGUGUGCAUCUGUGUGUGUGUGUAUGACAUGAUGCAUAUUUACAGAAUAAGGAACUAUUUAGUGGCAUGAUCUUUCCAUUCCUCUUCGCAGGCGUUUUCACUUUGAAAUGUCAUUACUGAAUGUAGGGCGCUUGUUCAGGGAAGCAGUCUGUGUGUCCCGAUUCCUUGUGCCCCUCAGAAGCCCUCAUCCAUUGCCAGUCCCAAGGAGACCCCUGCCUGUAGAGGACACAACCCUUUUGAUGGAAUUUUUUUAAUUUAAAAGGAAAAUACCAAAGCACUGGUGAGAAUGGUCCCCUUCAGGAGGUGGCAGGGUGCAUUUUCGUCUCAGCUUCCUUCGCUUUUCCACUGCAAGCCCUCCCCCCUGCCUGGUGCCUCUCUUUGUCCGCAAGAGCAUGAAGCGCUGUGUGCAAGGUGCGGAUGCGGUGGGCAGACCUGGCAGAGCGCGGAGCCAGGCGGCCCCAGUGCCAGGCGCGAAGGGCAACGCGGUGGCCACGGGUGCCGCAGAAAGCGGCCGAGGGGCAGGGCCCGUGCAUCCUCCAUCAGCCCCGGCGCCUCCGACUGCACUCCCACCCUGUGCUGCGCCACCUCAGUGUCGUCCGCGGCACAGGCAAAGGACGAGGCACGGAUCUGUGUCCGCCGCCACUUUCCGACGCCAUCGGGGAAUCCAGUGCGGAAGCUCAGUGCCCUGGAGCACUCUGUCGCGGGCACACUUAGGACUCCUGCUCCUGGCACCGUGGGCACCCAGCGCAACAAGCCAGUUCACCCUGCAUGAACGAUGCCCUGGGAGGGAAAUGAAGAGAAGGCCAGCCUUCCUCGCGCCCCGGAGUUCCAAGGAUGGACGCCCAUAGUGACGCCGGUGAGACGGGCAGUGCAGCUUCCAUCUAUCCCCGGGGCCUAGGGCUCAGCUGCCAGGAGGCGCUAGCCGGGGGACAUAGGAUGGGAAUGGGGCAGGGCAGAUGGGCGCCCUUAGCAGCUGAGCCCACCCCAGCCGCACCUGAGCCAGUGGCAUCCACACGAGCGCCCACCGCUAUCACGGACGCCUUGUCCCCCCUCCCCGCCCCCCCUGAGCAGGCCCAGCCAGAUCUCCGGCCAAGGAAUUUCGGUGAGAAACGAAAAUCCCACUUUCCAGAUGCCAGCUACAGAUCACUUAAAAGCCAUCCCUUUUUUUCUAAAGGGCACAUUGAGAAUGUUACCCAUUUGUAAAUCGUUCCCAGACGUCCUUGUGUCAACAACAGCAAAAAGGGCAACUCAAUGUGUCGAGGGUCUCUGGCCGCAUGGGAAGGGAAUGUGACGAGCUGUGCGCGCUCCACUACCGGCUGCUUUUCCACGCUCUGCCGCACACGUACCGACAGAGCCCACGGCCGAUGCAUCCCGCACAGCAAACCCGCACUGCUGCUGUACAAACUUGCCUACUGUACGUGUCGAUUGUUUUGUCCCUAGGUUGCCUUUGUGCUGGGGUGUGGGGUUCAGCAAAGGGGCGCUGUGGACUCGGAUCUUUUGCUCUGGUUUUGGUACUGUCUUCAGGCCGAGGGACCUGCCUCGCGGGGAAGCCCCUCUCUCUACCGCGUUCUAUUACACGGAAUGGCUUGGCCAACUGUGUUCAGUUAAUAAAUAUGUUUUACAUUUUUAUCUGCCUGUUAGAAAGAUGAACAAAAACGAUCUUCAUGACGAAGACCGCCGAUGCAUAAUAAUUUUAAGUCUGUAGUUGAAUUUCCUAAGCUAAAGAAUAGACCCAAAUUUCUGUGUAUAAAAAAAAAAAAGAAAAGAAAAGAAAAGAAAGGCUCCUGCA